AUGUCACUACUUCGGCUUCAACACGAACAUAUCACUCACGACUUAUGGGAAGGACGGGAACGAGUUCUUAGACCGAGAAGAGUUGGAGUUUGGAUACUAAACAACCAAGACAUACUUGAUCCCCGUGUCAUAAAUUUAAUUCAACGGACUGGAUUCGGACACGCCUUAUAUAUCCCGGACAUGGAUGUCAACCACUUCCUCAUCAGUUCUUUAUUAGAAAGGUGGAGAUCAGAAACUCACACAUUUCACUUCCCCCAUGGAGAGACUACUGUGACACUAGAGGAUGUAGUCGUCCUCCUUGGCCUACCGAUAGACGGAGAUGUGGUCAUUGGUCCCACUACGGUUCAGGACAUAUUCGCCACCUUCCAUGAACACCUAGGUGUCAUCCCACCACCGACGGUGAUAAGAGGGAACUCAAUUAGAGUUUCUUGGUUAAACUCUACUUUCCAACAGCUUCCACCGAAUGCAAACAAUGAGGUUAUUGCUCAAUAUGCGAGAGCGUACAUUCUCACAUUGAUUGGAAGCAUUUUUGUCUACACCCAAUUUCGUCCGGGUGAAUAA